ACCUAGACUCAAAAGCUGUCUCAUUUUCUCUUCUUUCACUUUCACACACAGAAUCUCUAACAAUGGCUUCUCCCACUAAAUCACCUCUCAUAUUCCUAACCGCUCUUUUCCUCCUCGCCGCCGCCGCCAUCUCCACCGUCAACUCAUGUACAUCUUCCGACCGCCGCGCCCUACUAGCCUUCCGAGCCGGCCUCCACGAACCCUAUCUCGGCAUAUUCAAAUCCUGGACCGGACUUGACUGCUGUCAUAACUGGUACGGCGUCAGUUGCGACCCUUACACUCACCGUGUAGCUGACAUCAACCUACGUGGCGAAUCAGAAGACCCAAUCUUCGAACGAGCUCAUCGAACCGGGUUCAUGACCGGUUCAAUCUCCCCUGCAAUCUGUCGUCUCUCCCAUCUCUCCAGCAUCACUAUCGCCGACUGGAAAGGCAUCUCUGGUUCAAUCCCUCCCUGCAUCGUCAACCUUCCUUUCCUCCGUAUACUCGACCUAAUCGGUAACCGUCUCACCGGCGAGAUUCCCUCCGACAUCGGCCGUCUCACCCGCCUCACCGUCUUCAACGUCGCCGAUAACAAUCUCACCGGCAUCAUCCCUCGUUCUCUCACCAAUCUCUCCUCCUUAAUGCACCUCGAUAUACGUAACAAUAGCAUUACUGGAACCAUUCCAAGGAAUUUCGGCAAGCUGAGAAUGCUCAGUCGAGCUUUACUCAGUCGGAAUAGAUUAACCGGUCCGAUUCCGGUAACCCUGUCUUACAUCUACCGUUUGGCAGAUUUGGAUCUCUCUUUCAACAAGAUCUCCGGUCCAAUCCCUGAAGGUUUAGGUAGAAUGGCGGUUCUCGCUUCGUUAAAUCUCGACGGGAAUGGAAUCGGCGGUGAGAUCCCGCCGACGUUGAUGAAUUCGACUAUUAGUAUUUUGAAUAUGAGCAUGAAUGCGUUGGAAGGGACGAUUCCAAAUACGUUUAAUGAAAGGUCUUACUUUACGGCCAUAGAUCUGUCGCAUAAUCUUCUCCGUGGGGAUAUUCCUUUGUCUAUUUCUCAGGCGACAUUCAUUGGACAUCUCGAUGUCAGCCAUAAUCAUCUCUGUGGGAAGAUUCCGAUUGGUUCGCCGUUUGAUCAUCUUGAAGCGUCGUCGUUUGUGUAUAAUGAUUGCCUCUGCGGGAAACCUCUCCGGCAAUGUUAAGAAUUGUCUCCGGUCAUUGUCUCAGUGAUCGAUCUGAUUUCCUUUUUCAUAUGUAAUAUUAUUAUUAAUUAUGAUUGAGAUUUGAGAAUGUGUUUAUUUCUUAUUACAA